UCGCAGGGUGUGUGCUGCUGUGCGUGUCAACACAAAGGCACAGGAAUACAUUUUGCUGUCCAGCAGGGAGCCAUUUUUAAGCUACAAGCAUUGACCACAUGGUAAAAAGAUAGUGAAGAGAAUGCAAACACCGCCCUCUCAUUACUUCAUUUAGAUCAUCCAAGUGUCAAAACUGACCCAAGAGAUGCUGGAUGAGAAAUGCACAAUGUCAUGGCAAUACUUACAUUUUUCUUCAGGGUCACAUGCUUCAAGCAACCAGGGUCCCUUAUCCAGGAUCCAGGAUUUCUGCAGCAUUGGUAAAGAGUCACCCAACUACCUUGACCAUGUAUCAGAACAAGUGGACAAAUACAGGGGGCAGACUGUGUCUCUGGAGAAGCCAGCAGGGUAUCCAAUGAGAAUUGGGGGGCUAGAUGACACAAUCUAUGCAGAAAUGGAGGAUGAGCUUGAAGCAUGGGAAGAUUUCUACCUUCCUGAAAGAGUAGAGAUGAGAGUUGUCGGUGCCAUUGAUAUGUUCCCGAGUCUGGCGGUGGGGCUGCAGCUGAUCAUUCUGGCAGGCAAAGAUGGCAACAUCUAUGCUUAUGAAAAUGAGGUGUUGCACCAAGUGGCUGACAGCUUGCAGGACCUCUUCCAAAAGGGAAUUGAGUUUCCUGGAACCAAAGUCUACAACUAUGGGGAAUGUUUUGCUCCUAUGACAGAAGAAGAAUAUGAUGAAUUAAUGGAGGAUGAAGAAGUAAAGAAAAUGAAAGAGGAGACCAGGGAAUUCAUCAAAAGCAACGAAGCAGAAUUUCUGAGCAUACUGGCCCGCAUUGAAGAAAAAGAGAAUGCAGAAAAGGUUGCGUCCAAUGAAGUUGUGCCUUGUAAAGAGAAUGCAGAAAAGGUUGUGUCCAAUGAAGUUGUGCCUUGUAAAGAGAAUGCAGAAAAGGUUGUGUCCAAUGAAGUUGUGCCUUGUAAAGAGAAUGCAGAAAAGGUUGUGUCCAAUGAAGUUGUGCCUUGUAAAGAGAAUGCAGAAAAGGUUGUGUCCAAUGAAGUUGUGCCUUCUAACCACCACCGCCCCAAGCAUGUUGUAGUUCAGAUGUGGAAGCAUGCAGAUGAAUUGGUCAUAUUUCAUUUAAAUGAUGCCGAUUAUGAGAUAUUGUGCAAGCUCUUCCAGCUACUAAGGCUGACACGUAAAGAGCGGAAAAGUAAUGGGAAUUGUAGAAGAUUCCUGCUCCAUUUCAGAGCUCUUCCAUGUGUGCAUAAACUCUGUUCUUGAUUACAUCCUGAUUUUUACCCAUAAAGUCCAUGUCUAUAGGAGGCUGUGUGGUCCAGUGGUUAAAGAAAAGGGCUUGUAACCAGGAGGUCCCCGGUUCAAAUCCCACCUCAGCCACUGACUCAUUGUGUGACCCUGAGCAAGUCACUUAACCUCCUUGUGCUCUGUCUUUCGGGUGAGACGUAGUUGUAAGUGACUCUGCAGCUGAUGCAUAGUUCACACACCCUAGUCUCUGUAAGUCGCCUUGGAUAAAGGCGUCUGCUAAAUAAACAAACAAUAAUAAUAAUGUCUUUGGGCCUGAAAAGAGAAUUGUCACACAACUGCAAUGGCACUGUAACAGGGCGAGCAGCCCUGUACAUUGUUUAUUUAUUUUUAGAUCGGGGUCUCCCCCUCCGCCCCUGUGCAGAUUAUUGUUUUUGUUUAUUAUGAUUUAUUGUAUUUGUCGGCGAGCGCCGUGUUAUUGUUUUGUUUAUUUUUAAAACGUGUCCUGGCAGAGGCGAGAUCGGUGCUCGUCCUCUGCCAGGAGUAAUAAUUAAUAAACCCGUGCAGAUUGUGGCCGAGGGGUAAUAGGAUGAUUUACUAAUUAGUUAAACCCCUCGGCCAUGAUAUAAAAAGCCUGCAGCUCUCGGCACUCAGGGUGGGUUGUUAAAGAGGAGAGAGCGAGGAGAGAGCGACAGAGAGCGACGGAGAGCGAGAGAAAGAGAAAAUUUACUUAAAAACGAAACUAACCAAGGAUAGGGUCAGUGAAGGCGAUUGCCCAGCCUGACCGGUUGUAGUGUUCGUGAUUUGUUUUUGUUAACCCUUUUAUUUUGCUCUGUGAGCGCAAGUGUUCUUUUGUUUAAAUAUUUAUUUAUUUUUGUUAUUAAUAAAAACGGCAGCCAGCCGAUUCUUUCUUUUGAACUGCA